AUGCGGUACAUUCACUCCGAGGAACUGCUGCCCGUUCCGGACAAUGUGAAGGUUCACAUUCGUUCGCGCGUUGUGACCGUCGAGGGUCCCCGCGGCAAGCUCGUUAAGGACCUCUCCCACAUCGCCGUCACCUUCGGCCGCCCCGAGAAGGACGUCAUCUCGAUCGAGCUGCACCACGGUGCUCGCAAGGGUGUCGCUACCCUCCGUACCGUCCGCACCCUCAUCAACAACUUGAUCAUCGGUGUCACCCGCGGCUUCCUCUACAAGAUGCGCUACGUCUAUGCCCAUUUCCCCAUCAACGUGAACAUUGAGAAGAACGCCGAGACCGGCCAGGCCGAUAUUGAGAUCCGUAACUUCCUCGGUGAGAAGUUCGUCCGCCGUCUGACUGCCCAGGCUGGUGUUGAGGUCUUCCCCUCCCCCAACGUCAAGGAUGAGCUCCAGCUCUCCGGUAACUCCCUGGAGGCUGUCUCCCAGAGUGCCGCCGACAUCCAGCAGAUCUGCCGUGUCCGUAACAAGGAUAUCCGUAAGUUCUUGGACGGUCUGUACGUGUCGGAGCGCACAAACAUUAUUGAGGAGUAA